AUACUUUUUUACCAUUUCAAGUAGUAAAAUCAGCCAACCAAUCAGAAUCACUGAUUUUGUGAAUUAACCACUUGAAGUAGUAAGCUUCGACCAAUCAGAAUGCGCCCCCAGACAGCAGACGUCCAGCGUCGAUCGCCGCCAUUUUUAACCCGCUUCAAAAGCCAAACUUCGUUUUCGCUGAUCUUUGAAAUGGACGUCGAGGAAACGUUGGCCUCAUGGGGGAUGGGAGAACUAGUUAAAGUGUUCAAGGGUAAGAUAUAGCUUUUGUAGAUAUUCUUUUUUUCAUGUUUCCGACAGCACAAAAGACAUUUUUUUUGACAAUUUUGUAAAGGCCUAAGGCAAAAAAGAAAACGCGCACCAUUCGAAACCUGUUUUUAGUUCUCUUUUUUCUUCAGUUCUCACGACGCAUGCACAAAACAUUUUUAUCACCAGUUCGAUAGGCCUGUACGCUACUCUAUUAAUGAAGAAUGCACUAAACUGGAAAAAGAAGAAGUUUGUAGGCGAUGUGAUAAGUAAAAGACAACUUAAAAAGGCCCGCGAAAGUGCGCGCCCGUCAGCGCUCUUGUGAUAAUGCGAUGCGCGCCAUGAAGCAAAGUGUCGCACUCUCGAUUUAAGAACAGUUUCAAACAGUUUUAUUCGAUUUUAGUGCUAAAUUUUAUAUGAACAUUAUUGAAAAUUUGUUCCGAAGUAUUAGUAGAGCAUUCGCGCAUUACAUGCAUUUAAUGAGAUACUCGUUAGUUUGAAUAUUCCCGCCGAAAAAGUUGACGCAAGUGUGAAGUAUUUCCGAGAGGGUGCACUCGGAUCGAGCUCAAAAUCGAUGGCGGAAGUCGCCGGGACUGUUGACGUUUUAUACUGAUCUAAAAUGCGAUCGAUUUCGACCUCAUUCUGCCAAAUGUUCCUUUUCCAAAUACUUGCGAGCAGAAAUUGUUGUCUCAUUAUAGCAGAGUGUCAAAUUCACGCAUAUUGCGUGAAAUGUCUUGCUGAAAAAUGCUUCGGACACAGACGCUUCAUUCAGAACAGAUGAUGAUUCAUUCAUUCAUGAUUUGCAUGCACUGACCCACCACCUACAGUGUAUAGGCUACAAUACAUGUACAUAUGUACAUGUAGGGCCUAGCAUGCUAGGCCCUACAUGCAAUGUACAUUAUAGCCCUGUUAGUGGUGAAGCCUGGCCACCAUAGGCCUAAAGGCUUUGGAAUGUCCACACUGAAUUCAGUCGAAAUCCACGAAGCCAUCGUGGCGUGAGAUGGUUCCAGUCAAGAAGGAACUCAGCAAUUUGGAACAGAGUGUAGUUGCAAUGCAACUUCUACCGAUCAUGCUGCCCCCCAGGCCAACAAAAGGUCAUAGACCAUCCGUGACUGAGGCAAUGUCAUCGUUCAUACAGUUCAAGCAGGUGACAACAAAUAUCCCCUCAUUCCUUCAGGACCUCCCAAGUGGAGCUGUGCAGCCCUUCGUGUUGGCUCUUGGGGAUAGAACCUCUCCAACGCAGGCAUUUCUUAUAAUUGAGAAGAACGCUUUAGAAUAUCCAACACUGCUGAAGGCCGUUGAUGCCUGUUUCAAGGCGUUCUAUGUUCUUGACAUAGAAUAUCCUGCUAACUGCAUUAUUGUGUGGCAAUUCAUUCAAGAGCUUGUGUUCGAUGUAAGAUCCAAGAAGGGACAUGUAUCGCUGAGUAAGAAUGUGACCAGUUUGAGGAGCUUUUUCCUUGCCUAAGCACCCGUGGUGUCACACUAGCUGAGUAAGUUUUCUGUGGAUGUUGGAAGGUAGGUGAUUGGUGGAUAUUAGUCCAAAUUUAUAGACCCAGGUUUUCACGUAUGAGUGAGCUGGGGCAAACUGUGCAAUCCAAGAUAAAUGUGGAAGUAUAAGUGGGCUUAAAAUCGACUCAAAGGUCAUUGGAUGUGACAAAGGGCAUCCAUCUUGUUUUCCACAAAACUGCCAGGUUACAGCAUUAACUCUUUAGCACCAUGUCAAUUCCAAUCCUUAACCCAUGACAACAGUUCCUUCCUUUCAAAGUUAAUUCAGCCAAAGUGUUAAUGAUGAUUUAACCACGUUAUUUUGUGGAAAACAAGAUGGUUGCUCACUGUCCUUUCCCAUGACCUUCAAUUCGAUUUUAAUUCCAGCUGCUACUUUGCGCAAACCAGUUUUAUUUUGAAUUUUGCAACUUUCCCGAGCUCACUCAUGCCUGAAAAUCUGGGUCUACAAAUUUGGAAAAAUACCCACCAGUCCCCUCCUAGUAAUCAAUAUCCAUUGGAAAUUUAUUCAUAUAUCCUCCUGGUUUUUGAUUUGACCUACUUUUCAAGGUCACAGAGGUGACACAGAUCAAAAUUCAAUAAACACUGAUAGGUGGCACGUUUCAUUUCUAUUUGAGCUAGAAGUUGCUAAACUGCUGAAGGCCAUUGAGGCCUGUUUUAGGCUUUGUAUAUUCUUGACAUAGAAUACCCUACUGACUGCGUUAUUGUGUGACAAUUCAUUGAGGACAUUGGCAUUCUCAUGAUUGUAACUGUGCAACCUUAAUGUUGGCUCUUGGUGAAAGAACCUUUCCAACUCAGGCAUUUCUUAUCAUUGAGGUGAACGCUUUAGAAUAUCCGACACUGCUGAAAGCCAUUGAGGCCUGUUUUAGGCUUUGUAUGUUCUUGACAUAGAAUAUCCUACUGACUGUGUGACAUUCUCAUGAGUGUAACUGUGCAACCUUAAUGUUGGCUUUUGGUGAUAGAACCUCUCCAACUCAGGCAUUUCUUAUCAUUGAGGUGAACGCUUUAGAAUAUCUGACACUGCUGAAAGCCGUUGAGGCCUAUUUUAGGCUUUGUAUGUUCUUGACAUAGAAUAUCCUACUGACUGCCUUAUUGUGUGACAUUCUCAUGAGUGUAACUGUGCAGCCUUAUGCAAGUAUCAAUUCGUGUCUUGUACCCACCCUCCUCAAGGGUACGACACCUUAUCACCCUAUAGCGACAUCUUAAGACUCAAGCAUCACCCUUUUUUCACCAAUGCUACUUUUUCUUUCAUCAAGACAUCACCAUCAACAAUAUAUCAGUUAUCACCAUCAUAUAAAGUAACCGGACUAAUUUUACUGGGUAAGGCUGUAUGAUCAACAAGACAUCGACACAUUAGCAUUCUUAUUCUUUCCAGCUUCGCCAAAUUUUCACUAAAGGAAAAAUAAAUACUACUCAAGCAUCAGCAAAGAUUAGUGGUGAUAGCUUAACUACCCUUGAGGAGGGGGGUACAAGAAACGAAUUGAUACUUGCAUUAAUGUUUGCUCUUGGUGAUAGAACCUCUCCAACUCAGGCAUUUCUUAUCAUUGAGGUGAACGCUUUAGAAUAUCCGACACUGCUGAAAGCCAUUGAGGCCUGUUUUAGGCUUUGUAUGUUCUUGACAUAGAAUAUCCUACUGACUGUGUGACAUUCUCAUGAGUGUAACUGUGCAGCCUUAAUGUUGGCUCUUGGCGAUAGAACCUCUCCAACUCAGGCAUUUCUUAUCAUUGAGGUGAACGCUUUAGAAUAUCCGACACUGCUGAAGGCCAUUGAGGCCUGUUUUUUAGGCUUUGUAUGUUCCUGACUUAGAAUAUCCUACUGGACUGCAUUAUUGUGUGGCAAUUCAUUGAGGACUUUGGUGAUCUCUGAUGAAUUUCUGUUGUAAAUACAUGUAGAUGUUAAUCAGACUAAAUCUGCUAGAGUAUAAAGAGGAAGAUCCUUUGAUAUUUGCAAAGGUCUGGGCAUUUAUAGUGUGAGGAUACAUGUAUCUUGGGAUUACUGUAUAGGGGCAAUGUAUCAAGGGGUUAUUCUCCUGAAACAGUUUUACUGUUUUCAAAUUGAAUGAAUGUGAGUAAUGAAUUGUUAACUUAAUUGAUAGAUUUCUGCUUAGAUGCAAUUUGAAUGUCAUGAAUUGAAAACUAUAGUUAAUGAUAAAUUUAUGUUGCAAAUACAUGUAGAUGUAAUCAGACUAAAUCUGCUGAUUUCUACUUUAGAUUCAAUUUGAAUGUAUGAAUUGAAAACUAUAGCUAGUGAUAAAUUUCUGUUGUAAAUACAUGUAGAUGUUAAUCAGACUAAAUCUGCUAGAGUAUAAAGAGGAAGAUCCUAUGAUAUUUGCAAAGGUCUGGCCAUUUAUAGUGUGAGGAUAUCUUGGGAUUACUGUAUAGGGGGCAAUGUAUCAAGGGGUUAUUGUCCUGAAAACGUUUUACUGCUUUCAAAUUGAAUGAAUGUGAAAUGAAUUGUUAACUUAAUUGUCAUUGAUAGAUUUCUACUUUAAAUGCCAGUCACAAAUUUGAAUGUAGUGAGUU